GCUGCGGAGGCAAGCGGCGGCGCGCGGACGGUUGGUCCAGCGCUCGGGCCUGGCGGCAGGCAAGUCCAGCUCGGUGCUGUCGGAUACUUGGGGUGAGCGGAAAGCAUGGCGGGGACCUCCGCGCCAGGCAGCAAGAGGCGGAGCGAGCCCCCGGCGCCUCGCCCCGGCCCGCCGCCGGGCACCGGGCACCCCCCGAGCAAGCGGGCCCGGGGCUUCUCCGCGGCCGCUGCCCCGGACCCUGAUGACCCGUUCGGCGCGCAUGGGGACUUCACUGCCGACGACCUGGAGGAGCUUGACACCCUCGCGUCACAGGCCCUGAGCCAAUGUCCGGCCGCGGCUCGGGACGUGUCCAGUGAUCGUAAGGUCCACAGAUUAUUAGACGGCAUGUCAAAAAAUCCUCCAGGGAAAAACAGAGAAAAUGUUCCAAUUAAAGAUAAUUUCGAAUUAGAGGUACUUCAGGCACAAUAUAAAGAACUUAAAGAAAAGAUGAAAGUAAUGGAAGAAGAAGUUCUCAUUAAGAAUGGAGAAAUUAAAAUUUUGCGAGACUCACUACAUCAGACGGAAUCCGUUCUAGAGGAACAGAGAAGAUCACAUUUUCUUCUUGAGCAAGAGAAAACCCAAGCACUCAGUGACAAGGAAAAGGAAUUCUCCAAAAAGCUCCAAUCAUUGCAGUCUGAACUCCAGUUUAAAGAUGCAGAGAUGAAUGAAUUAAGGACAAAGCUCCAGACCAGUGAACGAGCAAAUAAACUGGCUGCUCCCUCUGUUUCCCAUGUCAGUCCUAGGAAAAACCCUUCUGUGGUUAUAAAGCCAGAAGCAUGUUCUCCACAAUUUGGAAAAACAUCUUUUCCUACAAAGGAGUCUUUUAGUGCUAACAUGUCCCUUCCCCACCCCUGCCAGACGGAGUCAGGAUACAAGCCUCUGGUGGGCAAAGAGGAUAGUAAGACCCACAGUCUGAGAGGUGACUCCAUAAAACAAGAAGAGGCCCAGAAAAGCUUUGUUGACAGCUGGAGACAGAGAUCAAACACUCAAGGUUCCAUUUUGAUAAACCUGCUCCUGAAGCAGCCUUUGAUCCCAGAGUCAUCCCUAAGCCUUUGCCACCUCCUGAGUAGUAGUUCUGAGUCUCCUGCUGGCACCCCCCUGCAGCCACCAGGGUUUGGCAGUACCUUGGCUGGAAUGUCAGGCCUCAGGACCACAGGUUCUUAUGAUGGGUCAUUUUCCCUCUCAGCCCUGAGAGAAGCACAGAACCUGGCAUUCACUGGACUGAAUCUGGUUGCCAGGAAUGAGUGCUCACGUGAUGGAGACCCAGCAGAGGGAGGCAGAAGGGCCUUCCCACUCUGCCAGCUUCCUGGAGCCGUGCAUUUCCUCCCCCUUGUACAGUUCUUCAUCGGCUUACACUGCCAGGCCCUGCAGGACUUGGCAGCUGCUAAGAGAAGUGGAGCACCUGGGGACUCACCGACACAUUCCUCCCGCGUGAGCUCUGGCGUAGAGACCAACCCUGAGGACUCAGUGUGCAUCCUGGAAGGCUUCUCUGUGACUGCACUUAGCAUUCUUCAGCACCUGGUGUGCCACAGCGGAGCAGUCGUCUCCCUAUUACUGUCAGGAGUCGGGGCAGAUUCUGCUGCUGGGGAAGGAAACGGGAGCCUGGUUCACAGGCUUAGUGAUGGAGAUAUGACCUCAGCCCCAAGGGGGGUUGCUGAUGACCAAGGACAGCACCCACUGUUGAAGAUGCUUCUUCACCUGUUGGCUUUCUCUUCUGCAGCAACAGGACACCUUCAAGCCAGUGUCCUGACCCAGUGCCUUAAGGUUUUGGUGAAAUUAGCCGAAAACACUUCCUGUGAUUUCUUGCCCAGGUUCCAGUGUGUGUUCCAAGUGCUGCCAAAGUGCCUCAGCCCAGAGACACCCCUGCCUAGCGUGCUGCUGGCUGUUGAGCUCCUCUCCCUGCUGGCGGACCACAACCAGCUGGCACCUCAGCUCUGUUCCCACUCGGAAGGCUGCCUCCUGCUGCUGCUGUACAUGUACAUCACAUCACGGCCUGACAGAGUGGCCUCGGAGACACAAUGGCUCCAGCUGGAACAAGAGGUGGUGUGGCUCCUGGCUAAGCUUGGUGUGCAGAGCCCCUUGCCCCCAGUCACUGGCUCCAACUGCCAGUGUAAUGUGGAGGUGGUCAGAGCGCUCACUGUGAUGUUGCACAGACAGUGGCUGACAGUGCGGAGGGCAGGGGGGCCCCCAAGGACUGACCAGCAGAGGCGGACAGUGCGCUGUCUGCGGGACACGGUGCUGCUGCUGCACGGCCUAUCGCAGAAGGACAAGCUCUUCAUGAUGCACUGCGUGGAGGUGCUGCAUCAGUAUGACCAGGUGAUGCCGGGGGUCAGCAUGCUCAUACGAGGGCUUCCUGAUGUGACCGACUGUGAAGGUGAGCCUACCAGAGGCCCUCCUGCCCAGCCCCCACGGCUUCUCCCAGAGGUUCCCCAACAAGUCAGAUUCCUGGGCGUCCCCUCAGCAGGCCCCCGCCCACUGUGGCCUGUUCUGGCACUGGGGCCGUUUUCUUUUAUCUUCCUGCCUCAGUUCUUCUCCAAGCAUAUUGGGCUGCCUUUUGCUCCUGUCUGUUGAGUGUGCCUGGCAGAGCCACGGUUUUUCCAGAAAUACCCAUGUUUGAAUUGCCUUUGUAUCACUUUGUUUGCAGUAGCUGAGGGAGCAGGGCCUGGGUGUGGAAGGGACUGGUUAGUUCCUGCGGACGUUGGGGGAGGAGAGGUGGGACCUGCCCUAGGCCCUGGCACCUUUGGGCCCUCACCAGGAACCUCUCCUUUUUGUCUCAGAGGCAGCCCUGGAUGACCUCUGUGCCGCGGAAACCGAUGUGGAAGACCCCGAGGUGGAGUGUGGCUGAGGCCCUGAGCAUCCAGCCACAUGGUGGCACCAGCACCACUCCUUUCCUUACCACAUCAACUGAUU